AUGGACGUGGCGGAUGAGCCCGCGGCGUGUCCGGGGAGCGUCCGGGGCGUGUCCGAGGCGUGUCCGGGGCGUGUCCGAGGCGUGUCCGAGGCGUGUCCGAGGCGUGUCCGGGGCGCGUCCGUGCGGCGGAAGUGGCGCCGGGAUUCAAAGCUCCGGUGGCGGCGGAAGCGGCGGUUGGACCGGGCCCGCGGUGGUGCUGGCAUCAUGCCCUCCUCGAAGGAGCAGCGCUGGGGGGCCGGGAAGCCCCCGGGGAAGCACCAGGGGAGACCCCGGCAGCACAGCUGGCGGGUGCUGGCCGAGAGGAACCAGAGCGUGGCCCCCGUGGUCGUCUGGGUGGAGAAUGCGCCGGGACAGCCGGAGCAAAGCCCGGCCUUCGCUUCAGCAUUCCGGGUGGAGGAGGAGCUGAAGGAGCAGCAGCGGAAGAAGGCAGCCAGCCUGAGGAGAUUCCAGGGCGAGGUGAGGCAGCGGGUGAACCGGCAGGUCAGGAUGCGCCGGAGGCAGGAGCUGCAGAAGGCCUUUGAAGCAGCAGAGAGGGAGAGCUGCGUUGCUGUGCAGUAUUCGACCCCCUGGAAGAACACGUGCCUGUUCCAGAGUCUCCCUGCUCCCACCAUCAUUCCAGCCCAGCUGGAAGAGAAGCAUGGUGAGCCAUUCCAGCAACAAGCUGCCGAGCUCAGCAGGGCUGUGAAGCAGGUUCGGCGCAGGCUGGCGUCCCGCAGGACCAGGACUGUGUUCCCCGGCGCCUGGAGGCUGGAGAAACCAGAGCCUUGCCUGGCAGCUGCAGUGCCCAUGGACAAGAGUGAGGAGCUGCUGCUGGCGGGACACCACGAUCUGCCUGCUGAGCUGCUGGAGCAGGGCACGGCCGCACAUGGCACUGGGCAGGAUGAUGACUUCUACGUCAAAAUUGAAUUUAAAAAAGUCUGUGAUGGGUUGGUGAAGGACUCGAGCCUGCCUGAGCCUCCUGGGAGGCCACAUACUGAAUACCAGCCUCCCAUCAAGCUCUGGGCUGGUGUUGACCAAGAGGAAACCAGGAAGCAGCGGCAGAGCGAAUUCCUGCGGUGCCGGCGCCUCUUCAUGGCCGUGGAACGGGAGCGAGUGAGGGAACAGCAGCGGCAGCGAGAGAGGCAGCAGAGAGUUGCCCAGAUUAAGAGGGAGAAGGAGAAUCUGCGCCGGCAAGAGGAGCAGAGGAUGCAAGACAUGGCUGAGCAGAGAGAACUCUCCCCAGGAGAAGGAACCUGGGAAGCCCUGGCCCAGCUUCAGCUGCAGGAGAGGAGAGUGAGGGACAGAAGGCAGCGGGAUAAGGAGCACACAAGGUAUGUGGAAGCUCUGAGAGCCCAGAUGAGGGAGAAAAUCAAACUCUCUAACAUCGACUUGCCCCCGCUCUGUUCCUGUGGGUCCGAUUUCUGGGAUUCCCACCCGGAUACCUGUGCCAAUAACUGCGUCUUCUACAAAAACCACAAAGCCUACAGCCAGGCGCUGCACUCGGUGAUCUCCUCCUGGGCCCAUGCAGCCACACGGCCUCUCCGGGACUUGGCUGCUCUCUGUGCCCGCUCGGGGAAGCGUCUGUGACCGAGGCAGCUCCGUAUCCCAGCGACUGCUGUGAGUAGGGAGCGGGGCUGUGCCGUGUCCUGCCUGUCCCUCCACACCAGCUGCCAGGACCAUGUCACCUUUGCUCUCCUAGUUUGUGUGCUCCAGUUUGUGCUGUGCCUCUCCCACUCUGCUCCAGGUGUGCAGUUGGGCGAUGGUCGAGGUGAAGGGAGACGAUUGUUCUGUGGGGUUGGUUUAUGGCAGGCACUUGCAUUCCAGCAUUUGACUGUGGAAUAAACUGUUUUCAAGGUU